AUGCUCGACCUCCAAGAUUUCAUCAAGGAGCGCGGUGGUGACCCUGAGAAGAUCCGCGACUCCCAGCGCCGUCGCCAUGCACCCGUCGAGAUUGUCGACGAGGUUAUCGCUCUGUGGGAUGACCACCGCAAAACCCAAUACUCUGCGACGCAGAUCGGAAGCGAGAUCAACGCUGUGCAGAAGGAGAUUGGUAUGAAGAAGAAGAACAAGGAGAACGCCGACGACCUGCUCAAGAAGAAGGAGGAUCUCCAGAAGCAGAAGAAGGACAAGGAGGACGAGGCGACAGCGAAGCUCGUCACGCUCAACGCCAAGGCCAAGAGCAUCGGAAACUACGUUCAUGAGUCCGUUCCAAUCAGCGACAACGAAGACAACAACGUCACGGAGCGCGAAUGGAAGCCCGAGGCCGGACUCGGUGCCAAGACUGAGCAGACGCUUAGCCACCACCAGAUUGUUACCAGACUCGCAGGCUACGACCCUGAGCGCGCUAUCAAGCUUGUCGGUCACAGAGGAUACUGCUUGACCGGCUACGGACUGUUCCUGAACCAGGCGCUCAUCAACUACGGUCUUGAGUUCCUCUUCAACAAGGGAUACACUCCUAACCAGCCUCCCUUCUUUAUGAACCGCAACCAGAUGGCCAAGACCGCCCAGCUUGAGGAUUUCGACGAGGAGCUGUACAAGGUUACGGGUGAUGGUGAAGAGAAGUACCUCAUUGCUACCAGUGAGCAGCCCCUCUCCGCACUUCACAGCGAGGAGUGGAUCCAGGGCGGUCAGCUGCCCAUCAAGUACGCCGGUUACAGCACAUGUUUCCGCAAGGAGGCCGGCAAGCACGGCAAGGAGGCCUGGGGCCUGUUCCGUGUGCAUCAGUUCGAGAAGAUUGAGCAGUUCAUCUUCUGCAAGCCCGAAGACAGCUGGAAGCACUUUGACGAGAUGAUUGCCGCUUCUGAGGAGUUCUACAAGAGCCUGGGUCUUCCCUACCGGGUUGUUUCCAUCGUCUCUGGUGCUCUGAACAACGCCGCCGCUAAGAAGUACGAUUUGGAGGCCUGGUUCCCCUUCCAGCAGGAGUACAAGGAGCUUGUGUCUUGCUCCAACUGCACGGAUUACCAGACCCGCGAGCUCGAGGUCCGUUACGGUGUCAAGAAGGCCAAGGAGGCGCCCGGUGGUGGCCGCAAGGAGUACGUCCACGCUCUCAACGCUACCCUCUGCGCUACCGAGAGAACCCUCUGCUGCAUCAUGGAGAACUACCAGACGCCCGAUGGCUUCAAGGUCCCCGAAGUGUUGCGCAAGUACAUCCCCGGUCAGCCCGAGUUCCUGCCCUACGUGGCCGAGCUCCCCAAGGAGAUCACUGUCGUUGCUGGCCAGAAGAAGAAAUAG